UUUGUCUUAUACAUUCACCUUAAGUUUUGGACAUUUCACCAUGUUUAACAUCUGACAACAUAACAAUAUAAAUAACAGAAAAUCACAAAAAGCAGAGUAUGUCCCCUUUAAGUUCAUAUGGUGGACGCUCCCAACUCCUACAACUCCUACUCCCAACUCCACUGUACACUACAGGUAGUGUACAAUGGCCUUUUAGAGCUUUUUCUCUGAAAACAGCUGCCUGCUGCGGCUCAAAAUAACGCCAUGAGACCGCUAAGAGUGAACCAAAACAGUAAAGUUGUGGGUCGUAAAACAAAAAUAUGCUGAAAGACUCUAAAAUGCUGAGGGGAACUGCGGAGUCAGGUUCUUUAUUCUAUGAGUGACCGAGACAGCACCUCGGCCUCCCAAACAGAGGGGGAAUUUGAGGAGGAGAUGGACGGAGAGAUGGAUGGAGAGAUGGACGGAGAGAUGGAUGGAGAGAUGGAUGGAGAGAUGGAUGGAGAGUUGGAAGGGGAUGGAGAAAUAGAUGAGAAACAGAGGGACAGUCCGGUCCCCAGUCUGUCCAGCUUCUCCUCCUCUCUGCGCGCCGUCAUACGCAUCAAACAGAAGUACAAGGCGAUGAAGAUGCGGCGCCAGGAGAUGGUCCUGGGGCUGGCAGGAGCCGGGGUCGUCGCAGGAGCCCCAGCACGCACCAGCCCCAAAAUCUUCACCUUCGACGCACUCACCCCGUCCGCCUUCCCCACCCUGACGUCCUCGGUACCUCAGAGGAAAAAGAAGAGAAGGAGGAGGCGGGUGUUGUUUCCUAACAGGGGAGGAUGCAGGGCGCCACCGAAGCCGGCGCCCAGCCGAGCCAAAUACUGUCUUUACCUGCUCUUCGCCAUCGUCUUUAUCCAGGUGUACAACGCCAUAGAGAACCUAGAUGACCACGUUCUCAGAUAUGACCUGGAGGGCCUCGAGAAGACGCUGAGGAGGGAGGUGUUUGGGCAGCAGGGAGCGGUGGAGGGUCUGCUGUCCCAUCUGAAGGACUACCUGUCCACCUACGUCCACAACAAGCCCCUCGUGGUGUCCCUGCACGGCCCCAGCGGAGUGGGCAAGAGCCACCUUGGACGCCUCCUGGCCGGACACUUCCGCUCCGUAGUGGGGGACACGCUGGUGCUGCAGUACUACGUCCUCCACCACUGUCCCCAGGAGGCCGACGCCCCGCAGUGCGCCCGCAACCUGUCCACCCUCAUCUCAGAGAUGGUCGAACGAGCCGAGGAGGAGGAGAAGAUCCCGCUCUUCAUCUUCGAUGAGGCCGAGCACAUGCACAACGAGAUCCUGGACGAGCUGUGGGAGCUCGUGGCCUCCAAACAGUCCAACGAAUACCUGAACGCUAUCUACCUGUUCCUCAGCAAUCUGGGUCACGCGCACAUCACCAAACAUAUGCUACACAACUCCUCGAGUAUCUCUAUGUCAAUGUCAGCGACCAUUCGCCAUAGCAACCUAGUAAAAGAGCUGACUCCAGUAUUACGCAACACUCUGGAGAAGCUUCACCAGCUGUGGACAGAGGCGGACAUCUUACCUCUGGGCCUGUUGGAGAAAGGUCACGUGAUGGAGUGUUUCCUGGAUGAAAUGACUCGAGAGGGGUUCUACCCGGAUCAUACCAGCAUAGAGCGCCUGGCGGGGGAGAUCGAAUAUCAUCCCGCCGUCGGGGGUCACCAGUAUUCUCUCACAGGCUGCAAACAAGUGGUGGCUAAAGUCAACCUGCUGUGAGAUCGUCUGCAGGAAAUGUUUGGAUGCUUCACAUUCUUUCAACCAUGAAGAAACUGUGUGUUUGUGUGUUUGUGUGUGAGAGGAGCGAGUGAAGUUGGACGGUUAUGAAACUUGAAUGAUGCAACACGGAGCCAAAGUUUAGCAAGAGUUUAAAAAAAAAAAUAAAUAAAUAAAGGGGUUUGUUAAAACAGAUAAAGGACGAUGAGGACGUCCGGCUCUGUUGUGGGAAGUAGCGUGCAUCCUGUGAAGAGGUUUGAAAACAGUCUUUAAAGGGUCGGUUCACCUUAAAUACAAAAAAACUGACAAAUUCAAUGUCCACUUACUAGCAGAACUUGCAGAACUUUCAAGCUCCUCUCACAGUUUUCCUCAGCAGAUGGAGUUUGAUCAGUUAAUUUGUUUUUUUGGAUCAAUGUUUUUAAAAAUAAAGAGUGUUCUCCAGAACUUUCAACCACCUCUCAGAGUUUUCCUCAGCAGAUGUAGUUUGAUCAGUUGUUGUGGAAUUAAUUUUUUUUUUUUUUUU